AUGAGUGACGUAAAGGAACUUAUCAAACAAAGGGGACAUAUUAAGGCUCGUGUAACAUUGUUUGAAAAAUAUUUAAAACCUUUGUUAGAGUGUAAAGAAAUUAGUUUAGUACAGGUGAAUGAAUUGCGCUUGCGCUUAAGCAAGAUUCGUGAUUUAUCAUGCACUUUUGAUGAUAUUCAAUCGCAGAUUGAAAUGUUGGAUGAAGAUACGUCAAAACAAAUGCAAGAACGCGAAUUUAAUGAAAAUAUAUUUUUUCGUUUAUCGGCCGAAGCUCAGUCAUUAAUCGAUUUUUUCGAAAAUAAAAAUAAAUUAGAAUCUUCAUCUAACAAAAGUCGUCCGGACUGUCAUUUAAAAUUGCCCCCAAUUAAAAUCACUCCCUUUAAUGGUGAGGCGAACAAAUGGUUGUCAUUCAGGGAUACAUAUGUGUCGUUAGUACAUAACAAUGAAACGAUUGUCGAUGUUAACAAGUUCCACUACCUCAAGACGUACUUGGAAGGGCCGGCUAGCGCUGUCAUAAACUCAGUCAGUGUCUCAUCCGACAACUAUAGCCUCGCAUGGAAAUUGUUAUGCGAAAGAUAUGAUAACAAACGUCUUUUGAUAAAUGAACACAUAAAGUGCUUGUUUUCCAUCGAAUCUUUAACUAAGGAAUCCCACAGUGGUUUACGUAACCUUAUCGAUACAUUAUCGAAAAACCUAAACGCCUUACAUAUUUUAGGUGAACCGACGGACAAAUGGGAUACGUUAAUUAUUUUUUUAGCUUCUGCCAAAUUAGACAGUGUUACUUCUCGGAAGUGGGAGGAAUAUAGAAGUAAUAAAGACGCGCCCACACUGGACGAUUUUUAUGAUUUUCUUCGAAAGCGUUCUAUGGUAUUAGAAACAAUGAAUGUUAAUAAACCCAGUAAAGUUGAUAAACGCCUUAGUUUCUCCAACACAAAAUCAUUCCUUAGUUCUUCUAUAGAAUCACCAUCACCCUUCGCGCAGUGCCUUCUCUGUAAACAGAAUCAUAAAUUAUACGAGUGUAACACAUUUAAGUCACUACCAGUCUCUAAUCGAAUUAAUAAACUUAAAUUACUAAAUCAAUCAUUUAAAAUUCAAGAACAAAGUGAUAAUAAUAGUAAAAACUUACCUACGCUAUCACCUGCCGCCACGGUCGCUACGGAUUCCGAAGUGCCGAGUAGCUCUGCUUCGGUUUCCAUGACUGCCAUUUCUACCAAUCAAUCACUUCUCUCUACUGCUUUAGUCAAGGUGACGAGUAACGGUAAAACAUGCAUAUUAAGAGCUUUACUAGAUUGUGGCAGUCAGUCUUCUUUUGUGACUGUCAGGGCUCUAAGGGAAACAGGUUCGCAACAUUUUGAUUCUGAUUACCAUAGCGUAUCAGGUAUAGGAAGUAGUGUCUUCAAUGUCACAAAACAUUGCUAUUUAGAUAUAGGGUCGUUAAACAGUUCGUUAGUUAUGCGUGUUAAAUGUUUUGUGUUACCUCACAUCACUGAUAGAUUACCCAAUGUUGCAGUAAACGUACAACAUUUGGACAUUCCGUGUCAUGUCCAACUUGCCGAUCCAAAGUUCUUUGAACCUUCCGAUAUUGAAUUUUUAUUGGGUGCUGAUGUAUUUUGGGACUUGUUGGAAUCAAGCAGGAUAAAUUUAGGACCUCAAGGCCCAAUCUUGCAGGAAACGAAGCUGGGAUGGAUUGUAGCGGGUCCAACUGCUAUUCAUAGUAACAAUAAGAAUCCAGUAACCAUGGAGAAUGUUAAAGUAAUAUACUUCCCCUUGAAGGCAAUGGCCGAGGGUAUACGCCUUAUUCUGGCGUAUAAUGGCCAAGAUUUUGAAGACGUAAGGAUACCUCAUGAGGAAUGGCCCGCUUUGAAACCGAAUACUCCAUUCGGUCAAAUGCCUAUUCUCGAGAUAAAUGGCAAGCAAUACGCGCAAACGUCAGCUAUCCUCCGUUAUUUGGGACGAAAAUACGGACUUGGGGGAAAGAAUAUGGAUGAAGACUUUGAGAUCGAUCAAAACAUGGACUAUUUUAAUGAUUUACGAACAAAGGCUAGCUCGUUGUUCUACGAAAAGGACGAGGAUAGAAAAGCCGCACUGAGAGAGGAUUUACAAAAAAACCAUUUUCCUGUAAUGUUGGCGAAACUUAACGAUAUUAUUACUAAAAAUAAUGGACACAUGGCUCUUGGAAGGUUGACAUGGGCUGAUUUUAUGUUCGCUGGUAUAUACGACGUUUUGAAAUUCCUUCUCCAAAUACCGGAUAUAGAUGAAAAGUACCCGAUAUUCAAGGAGUUGCAACAAAAAGUGCUCAGUCUACCCAAAGUCAAAGAGUUUUGCGACAAAGCACCCAAAUCCGAUUUCUAA